CACUUCCAUCCAGCUGUAAACCUACUUUUGGUUCCCUCUUUAUGAUAUUCGUCAGUCCAAAACAUCUUUGCAAAUAGUCUGUAUAAUGUAAAAAUGAAUGAACAUUUAUUAAAUUGUCUAGAUAAGAAAAACAUUUAAUAUUUAAUAUUUAGCUUAAAACGUUAAGAGUACAUGUUUCUGUUGUCGAUUUUUAUGCAUUAUUUGUCGCGAUCACAGCCCGGCAGAUGACGUCAUGACGCAGGACUUCCAGCGCGUUGACGCGAUGAUACGUUCCUCCAAUCAGCGGCAGUUUCCGAAGCCCAGGAAAGGAGCAGAUGAUAUGGCAGCUUUGUGAGCGGCCAGGUGGAACUCGCUUUUGUUUAAUCGGGCUGACAGCGGAACAUGAGUACAGUUUAACCCGCACACCGCAGCGGGGGAUCCGAAAAUGAUAUACCUAAUAUUAAUUUCUGCCUUCUCCGGGGCCAUCGUCACGCUCCUUCUGCAGCUCUUACUGUUGUACCGGAGGAGCCCUGAGCCUGUCGCUAGGACAGUUCAAUAUGUCAAAGCAGUUCCUGAUCCUGCACUGAAGGAUUACUUUAGCAACCAACAAGGCGAAUCAACGCAGCAACAACCGGAUAUCCCAUCUUUUGCCUCCAAACAACCGGAGGCCGCUUCUCCCAGGCAGCAAGAGACCACCGUCCCCGGCAGCAGCCCCAAACAGCAGCCGUCUUCGCCACCGCCUUCCCUGAGCGACUCUCAGCACACCUCCAAAGCAGAGACAUGCGAUUUCCUCAAUGCCAUAUUUCUGUUCUUAUUCCGCGAGCUCCGAGACACCCCAGUCGUCAGGCACUGGAUCACCAAAAAGAUCAAGGUAGAGUUUGAGGAGCUCCUCCAGACCAAGACCGCCGGGCGUCUGCUGGAGGGGCUCAGUCUGCGGGAUUUCUCCCUGGGAAACUCGGUACCCGUUUUCAAAACAGCCAGACUCAUGAAACCCGUGGCUCUCAAUGAAGACAACAUGCCAGAGGAGCUCAAUUUCGAGGUUGACCUAGAAUAUAACGGCGGCUUUCAUCUGGCCAUUGAUGUCGAUUUGGUAUUCGGGAAAUCGGCUUAUCUGUUUGUGAAGAUGACCCGGGUGGCAGGCCGCCUGAAGCUGCAGUUCACCCGCAUGCCUUUCACGCACUGGUCCUUCUCGUUCCUGGAGGACCCGCUCAUAGACUUCGAGGUGAAGUCUCAAUUUGAGGGCCGUCCUCUGCCCCAGCUCACCUCCAUCAUAGUCAACCAGCUCAAGAGAGUUAUCAAGAAGAAGCACACUUUACCAAACUACAAAAUAAGGUACAAGCCCUUUUUUCCUUUCCAAGUGCAGCCACCACUGGCGUCAUCAUGUGACCUGGAUAUCUCCAUCCGAGACACACUAUUGGUGGAGGGGCGUCUACGUGUCACACUUGUUGAAUGUAGCAGGUUGUUUAUCCUGGGCUCAUAUGAAAGGGAAACAUAUGUUCACUGCACCUUAGAGCUCAGCUCUGACGAGUGGCGGGAAAAAACUCGCAGCUCCAUCAAAGAGACAGAGGUGAUCAAAGGACCAUCUGGCAGCGUGGGGAUGACUUUCAGGCAUGUUCCGGCCAGUGAUGGUGACACGGUGCAUGUGAGCAUAGAGACCAUCACCCCAAACUCCCCAGCUGCCCUGGCGGACUUACAGAGAGGAGAUCGCCUCAUUGCUAUUGGAGGAGUCAAAGUGACGUCCUCUGUCCAAGUGCCGAAACUGCUGAAACAAGCUGGAGAGAGAGUGAUAGUGUUAUAUGAGAGGCCGGUCCGUCACCAGGUGCCUGCUGUGGGCUUGGGGACACUCCAAGAACCCCUUGGCCCAAUGGAGGAGCCAAGCUAUCUUCCUCAGCCUGGGGGCUACGAGGAGGACCCAGCCCCAAUAACCACCAUGGACAUAUCUGAUAACAGAGACAAUGACUCUGAGUUUGAGGAGCUGAUCGUUGAAUCCAAAUCAACUGCAGCUCCAGUCACUGUUGACACUAAGGAGGAUUUCCUGCUCUCUGUAAACCAAAGUCCCAAAAAAACUGUGGCCAACCUGGCCAAGCCCCUUGGUUCCAUCUCGCCAAUUCUCAACCGCAGGCUGAACCUUCAGUCCCCACUCAAACCCCAGCCCAAAGAAUCACCAAAGCCGCCAAAUGUCAAGACUGCUGAACCCUCUGAACAGCCACAGAGACCAACUGUGCCCCCUCCUCCACCACCUGCACGCCCUCCUGUUCCUCCUAGACCACAUAUAAAAGUCACAUCUGCCUCCUCAGAAACCCAAAGCCUGGUAGAAGGUAAUGAACCUGCAGUGGAAAAAAGUCCAGAGAAAACGCAACCCAUUACUGGCAAUGGCGAAAAACCAUUAGAAAAAAUCCCUGUUAAGUCACCAGAGUCGAGGCCUGUGAGCAAGCACCCAGAGCCCACAGAGGAAAUCCUAAAUAUUCCAGCCACAAACAAACAAGAUUCAGCCAAAGACAAGAUAUCUGAGAGCUCCUCCAACACUAGGGACAGUGUAGACGAGCAGGGUCUCUGGGAAUCAUCGGAGACUAUGUACCGCAGCAGAACUGCUCGCUGGAACAAAGCCUCUAUGGUCUUUGAAGUGGAAAACAACCACAAAUUCCUCAAUGUAGCACUUUGGUGCAAGAACCCCUUCAAGCUCGGUAGUCUCUUGUGCUUAGGGCAUGUCAGCUUGCGCUUGGAACACAUAGCACUGGAAUGCUUAUCUACGUCAUCUGCGGAAUAUCAGAGUACCUUUCGUCUGUGUGCUCCUGAACCAAGGGCCAGCGUCAGCCGUACCGCUUUGCGCAGCUUGAGCACUCACAAAGGUUUCAACGAGAAACUCUGCUUUGGAGAUGUUACACUCAACUUCACUUACCUGGCAGAUGGGGAGUCAGAUCUGUCCAGUGGACUUAUAGAGCGUGAGCGGGAAGGGAUUCUUCAGGAAGAGGACUUGAAAGACCGGGAAAAGGAACGGGAGCAGGUGCUCGUGGUAACCCGGGAUGAACAGAGUUACAGCGGCAUGCAAAUAGGAGAGAUGCGGCACAAUUUUCAAGACACUCAGUUCCAGAAUCCCACUUGGUGCGAGUAUUGCAAGAAGAAGGUGUGGACCAAAGCUGCCUCGCAGUGCAUGACCUGUUCUUAUGUUUGUCACAAGAAGUGUCAAGAGAAGUGCCUAACAGAGCACCCUUACUGCGUAGCCGCGUCAGACCGGCGUGGGGCAGAUCCUGAGGCAAAGUCCACCAUUAAUCGGGCAACUACUGGCCUUACACGUCACAUUAUCAACACUAGCUCUCGACUUCUCAAUCUGAGGCAGGUGCCCAAAACCAGACUUCCAGAACAGGUUGCAGAAAUAGGAUCAGGGGUGGUGGAACCUUCUCCGAAACACACGCCUAACACAUCUGACAACGAGAGCAGUGACACAGAGACCUAUGCUGGGGGCAGUCCUUCCAAGCAGCCACCUGGUAGCGGUGGCUCCAAACUAGUGCGUAAAGAAGGUGGGCUAGAUGACAGCGUGUUCAUCGCCGUCAAAGAGAUUGGUCGAGAUCUUUACCGUGGCCUCCCAACAGAUGAGCGUUCGCAGAAACUGGAGUUUAUGUUGGACAAGUUGCAGCAGGAGAUUGACCAGGAGUUGGAGCAUAACAACUCUCUAAAUCUGGAAGAACGAGAGACGAUUGACUCACGACGCAAGGCCCUCAUCUCUGCAGCUCUGGCCAAGUCCGGUGAACGACUCCAAGCUUUGACUCUGCUCAUGAUUCACUACCGUGCUGGCAUCGAAGACCUAGAGUCUGUAGAAAGCACCUCACCAUCUGAACAGCAUGGCUUUCCGAAGGCGAAAGCCGAGGGUCUGGAGGACGCCCUGCUGGGCACAGAAGUGUACGACAGUGACAUUUGCAGUCCCGUUGAUGUUCAGAUGCUGGAUGAGAUUACGGAGGAACAGAUCUGUGUAGAGGCGUUGCCGUAAAGAUGACAAAAGGCAUCGGGGCUUGGGACUCAAGAACAAAGACUUUUUAUCAUGUAUGAUUUGGAUUAAGGUUGACCUGUGAGCGUUCCACAGGUGAUUGUGAGGUUUGCAAAAGUAUUCCUGAAUAUCACUGCAAUGUACUGUCAUUUGAAUUUUGUGAGAGUGUCAGUAGUUUACCAGAUUUUUUUUUUACAUUUUAAUUUUUUAAAAUAAAUAAUUCCCCCCAUCUUUAGUCUUUUAGUUGCAGUUGUAGAGGACAAAACCAUCAAUCUGAAUACGUUCAGCAGUAUUACAUAAAAUACGCAAAAUAUGAGUUCCCAUGACAUCUUGAUCAACCUGCCUUACCUGAAUGGUGUAGUCAAUUUUUUAAACAUAAGCUUCAAAAGGGAGAGUCAGUGUGAAGCAAGAUGAGCUUGAAUACGUAUUUUUAUUCAAACUUUGUGUAUUAGUACAGACUGAAUUAUAUACAUGUUUGCUGUUAGUGAUGUUCAUGGUUGGAAAUUCACCCUGCCUAGUGUGUUUUGAGCUUCAAGCCCCUCUGCCUUACACUAUAAACUACAAAAUGUAGAAAUAUACCUGAAAAACAGUCCGUAGAAGAUGAUGCCAUUCCCACCAACAUUGUCCUCUGAUAAGCACCUUUCCUCAUGUUACUUCACAGUUUUUACUAAUUUUAAAGCGUAUUUUUUGUUUGUUUUUGUUGAUUUUAAAAUGUUGAACUGAGAGGGAAUCUUGAUGUUAAUUAUACUGUUGGGGACCAUUCUUUAUCUAAUUUAUGUCACAAAGCCAUGUGACCUUUUUAUUUUGAGGGAGGGAUAUUUAUAUUGCAUACAUAUGUUUCAUAAUAUAUGUUUCCAUUAAUUGUCAAUAAUCUCAUUAUAUUUUAAUCUCACAAUUAACUUGCUUUGAGCCUUUGUGUUUUAAAAUGGUGGCAAUUUUUGUCAAACCUAUUUAACUUUUUAUCCACCAUCAGUUGGUCCGGGUGAAUGGUUGUUUGUGUGAAUGUGCCAGCCAGUUAAUUUUUGGUUUCCUUUAUGUAUUGUAAUAUUUAGUUUUGUUUUGAUGCAAGGAUAUUUUCAUUGUCUUGCAUCUGUGGGCAUGUUUUGGCACCUUUGAACGUUAAUUUUACAUGUGUACUAAUGAAUGUAUCUCCCAAACGAUUCACUUUACAUUCAUUAUUCCAUUCACCUCUCAAAACAACAUUUCUCAAAGUGUAAAACUACAUCAUUAAAAACUUUUUUUUUUUGUCAAUGCAUACAGUAUUCCCUAAUUCCCAAAGUUAAUGUGUAAAUUCAUUAACAGUUUGUAACAGUCUGCUGGGCUUAAAAGCUGUGAGUCUGGUUUGGCUUCUGUCUGUGUAUUUCAAGUUAGUUUUCAUUUAUUUUAUCUACCCUAAAUGGACUUGGAUUCGGUCCAUAUAUUUAUAUAUAUAUUUUUUCUGUCAUCACUCACAUUUUAUUAUUAUUUAAAUGUGGUUUACACAUGGACAUCUGUCAUUGGGUACAUGCAUUGCUGGAUCUUUUUUCCAGAAUUAAAGCUUUUCAGUAAAAACAAGGCCUUUAGGUGGCGAGGACAGAACUCCUAAUCUAAUCAACCUAGUCGUGCUGUCCCUAGUUAAUGUUUCUGCUGCUAUAACACCUAUACUAUCCACUGGGCCUGGAACAUAAUAACAUUUUUAAGAGUGGGUCCCCCUCACCCUAACCCAAUAAUUACGUUUCACCAUAGAGGACCUUAUUGGGCCCCCUUCUUCACAGGGCCUUGGACAACAUACCCAAAAGAAGUUUGUUACCACUCAAACCACAAAGGAACUUUUUCCUUUUGAAUCACUGGAAGGAAUAACAUCUAAAUGUUAAUACUAAAUUAGUCAUUAAAAACUAAAUCAGUCAUUAAAAUGACUAAGAAUCUUUUUUUUUUUUUUUUUGCUGCUGCUGCUGCUGUUAUCCUGUGCUUUUCAAAUUCAACACCACCAACAUGUGCUCUCAAAAUAUUGCUCCAAUUAUCUCUAUCACAAUGGAGGGUAAAAACAGUAAAAUAACAAGUAUAAAACAUCAUAUCCACCUUGGCAAGCUGUGGUUAAGCUUUUCUGGGAAAGCUGUUGUUCUUAUUGGAAGCUGUGUCAUGUUUUAAAGCGCUAUUGUAAAUGGGCUAGUAAUGUAGGUGACUUUAAACCAUGUCCUUUCUCCCUGAACUUAUAUAGUGCUCAACAUGUGGGUCCAUCCUUUCUUUUUGUUGUUGUUGAUGUUGUUGUUUUUGCUUUAUGUAAAUAUGAUUUUGUUCUUUUGUGAGUUUUAAUUACGGUGGAGGGCAUCCACUGACAAAGUGCACAGCUUUUAAAUUUGCUGCAAGACCUUUAUGCACUGACAUAUCAUAUUUGCUUAUGCACUUGAGAUAAAUAAAUUGUUAGAAAUAAAAAAAA